AUGGCGGAAAAACUGGCCGAGAAGGGCUUCAAGAAGCCCGUCAACCAGGUGCAUCAUAAGACCGAGAACGUGUUGAACACAUACCGAGAGACAGUAAGCAGAUUCACAACUGAGAACACCUCCCUUAGGGAGGAACUAGCGAACAAUGAAAAAGGAAAAAAUGAACAAAGUUACGCGGACAUUCUCAAGAAAAGGACCACGACUAACCAACCUAACGAGGCACCCACCACCAGCCAAACCGAACAAAGGAAAAGCACAGAAAACGAGCCCAAAGACGGCCUAUUAAUAUACAGUACAGAAAGCGCAGAUACACAACACUUCCAAACAGUGAAGACAAUGCUCAGGAGGUUUACCCCACACGAGCUGGGACUAACCAACCCCGAGGUCAGACCAAUCCGGGGUGGAGCCAUAGUGCUAAGCUCGAAAAGAGACGGUCUCCUAACUCUUCAAGAAGAGAUAGAAAGAAACCCCGAAACAAAGGAGAAAUUCGAGGCGAAAAUCUCAAUAAAAAAAAUCCCACAGAUCUCCAUCCUCGGGGUGGACCGCGAAAUCACCAACCAGGAACUAAAAUCUGAAAUCAUCACUCAAAACAACCUCGAGGGACAACCCGACGACAUCAGGGUCAUUAUUUCAUUUGAUAAACAGGAAACAAAAACCCACAUUGUUGAGGUAGAGCCAAACCUAUUAAAAAAACUCAAAGAAACUCAAAGAAAGAACCUUAUAGGGUGGACUUCGUGUCCAAGAGCAGGGGGGAAGGAAAAGGGAAGGGAACACGGAAACAACCUAAAAUUCGCAGCAAAAACAGAAACCGACUACAAAGAUUCGUUAAGUAUAAUCCAAAUUAACCUAAAUCACUCAUACACAGCUACCGAACACCUAAAAAUAAACCAACAAAAAUUAAAAAAUCACAUCACAUGUAUUCAAGAACCAUACUAUGUCAAAAAUAAAAUAAUUGGAUUUAGCAUUAGGGACAAAAUUGUCCAAGGACAAAACAAACCAAGAACAGCCAUAAUCAUCCACAACAACAAACUAUUCAAUUUACACAUAGAAAAAACAGAAAGAAAUAUAAUCGCAAUAGUAAUAACUACAAAAAAAGAGGAACUUCUACUGAUAAAUGUAUAUGCCCCACCCAACGAUGACAUAAAUGAAACUAUCAAGGAGGUAAACGAAAUAACGAAAACAUUUGAACACCUACCAACACUUAUAGUAGGAGACUUCAAUGCAAAAAACCCAGUAUGGGGGGGCAAAAAACUAGACGAUCGUGGAGAAACAUUAGGUGACUACAUAUUAGAAAAUGAUCUCAAUCCAAUUAAUGACCCAGAAUCACUACCUUCAUUCACAUCAUCAAACGGCAAAAGCUGGAUCGACAUCACUCUAGCAACAAAUAAUUUAAUAGGCAAAAUAAAAUCAUGGGAAGUAUUAGACGAAAUUUCGGCUAGCGACCACAACUACAUCAGAAUUGAUCUUUCAAACAAAAUAGAAAAUAAAUGCAUAAAACUAACAAAAAAAGGAGAAUUAAAACUCAUAGAGGAAAUCAUAGACGAUGACUGGAUAAAGCUUACGAAAACAGAAAAAAUACACUCAAGAACAAACCUCGAACAUAUAAUCAACACAAUAAUAAAGGAACUCGAAGAUCUUUAUAAAAAAUAUGUAAAAACAGUGGUCGAGACCACUAAACAAAACCCUUGGUGGAGUCCGGAACUUGAAAUGGAACGGAAAAAAACAAGAGCAUUAAGGCGCAGACACCAAAAAUGUCAAAACAUGAUGCGAGAGGAAUAAAAAUCAAUAUAUCUAGAGGCCCAAAAAUAUAUAAGAACAAUGUAAAAAAGGCAAAAAUCGAAUCAUGGCAGACAUUCUGUACAGAAACAACAAAAUCAAACAUAUUCAAUAUCCCUUACAAAAUAGCAUUCAACAAGAUGAAAAAAAACAUUACAAUUCCAGCAAUCAGGAAAGCCGAUGGAAACAAUUCAACAUGGCAGACAUUCUGUACAGAAACAACAAAAUCAAACAUAUUCAAUAUCCCUUACAAAAUAGCAUUCAACAAGAUGAAAAAAAACAUUACAAUUCCAGCAAUCAGGAAAGCCGAUGGAAACAAUUCAACAUCAUUGGAAGAUUCAAUAAAAACUAUACUAACUGCACACUUCCCAGCGGACAAUCCAAAUGAAUAUAGUGAAGAACAAAGGAAAAUUGAGGACGAAAUAAAACACCCCCAC